AUCAUUAACCAAACAAUGAGAAGUAUAAAAAAUUCCAACAAUUGAAUCUUGAAGAAUUUGAUUAAAUUGUAAUGGAACAAUUUAACAAUUUUGUUAAUUUAGUUGAGAAAAAGAAAAAUGUUAGUUAUGAUGGAAGUCGAGAGAUGGCGACUGUUGCCAAUUCUUUUGGGUGUAAAUCGAAUCACGUGACAUGAUGACUAAUAUUUGUUACCUUCUUUUCCGUUGAUGUUGAAGUUUCUUGGUUACAAUUGAAGUAGAAUUGAAACUUUUCGGAUGUUUGUUUUUUUCUAAUUGUGAUUAAUAUUGAUUGAAUUACUUAUUCCAAUUGAAUUUAUUUAGUGAUUUAACUUACUGGACAUUUGUUGCCAUCAUCAUGAGGAGACUUUUGUGUUUCUCCGUGACUCUAAUUACCUGGUUAAGUUUAAUUAACUGUGAGAUCCAUGGAAAGUUAACCAUUUUUCCUGAUGGAGAAAAAGCCAGAGCUGAGGCUCACAAGCCACUUUUAAUUACCUGUUCAGGUACUAAUGUAGAACCAGGUUACUUUUCUGACUUCCAAUGGUUUAAUAGAAACAAUGAGCAAAUAUUAAACAAUCCACGAAUCAAAUUAUCUCCAGGCCAAGGAUCACUUGGUUUGAUUAUCAAUGAUCCAGAUAUUGGAGAUGGUGGUAAUUACCGUUGUACUGCCAUGUAUCAGAAUACAAAGCUUCUUAAUGCCUCCAUUGAGAUUGUUAUUUUCAAAUCAAUUACCUGGGAUGAUUGUCCGGAAGAUCAGUUUUUAAUUCUGGGACAACCUAAUCAAAAGAUUGUGUGUAAAGUUUCAUCUCAACCAACAUCAAAAAUUAGCUGGGAAAAAGAUUUCCAAGAUUUGGAUAAAUCAAAAUUCUCAAUUACAAAUGAUGGUGUCAUCGUAAAAGGAUUGGUUUCUAAUGAUACUUCAGGUUCAUUUAAAAUAACAGCCUCCAUUUUGGAACAUGGUGUUCUUCGUACUCGAAAUAUUCGAGUUCAAGUUCUAGUUAAACCAAUAAUCACUGAAUUUGAUAAAUAUCGUGAGGUUGUUGAAGGUGAACGGACAACCUUUAAUUGUCGUGCUUCGGGAACACCUUCACCUUUUUAUUCCUUUAUUGAUAAUCGUCGGAGAAAUUUAACCCUUGAGAAUGGGUUUACAGUGGAUACAGUUGCUGGUAAUCUUGUUAUCGAAUCGGUUAAAAAGGAUACGGAAAAUCAAUCUAUCACUUGUGAGGCUAAAAAUAUGGCGGGUGAAGUUUCACAGAAAAUGGAGCUCAGAGUUUUAACCAAACCUGUGGUUUAUCAGUUUGAAAAUUUAACUUUUGCUGAAUCUACUCGACAAGAGUGGAGUUGUAAGGUUCGAGGUGAUCCGAUUCCUAAAAUUACAAUAAUGAAAUGGAAAAGUGCUCAGGAUGGUUAUGAUAAAGAUCCAUUGCCAAAAAUUGAUUCGCCUUAUACAUUUGAAACAAUCAAACUUGGACCAAAUGAGGUUGAUUAUCGGAUGAAAUUUACGAGUGUUUCUCGUAAAGAUGAUGGCCUCUAUUAUUGUCGAGCUACCAACAAGGCUGGAAAUGCAGAGGUUUUAGGUCACAUUACAGUUGAAUUUCCGCCUGACCUCUCACAGACCAACACCCAUGUUAAAACUUGGUCAAGUAAUCCAGUCAAUUUGACCUGUAUUGCCGAGGCGAUACCAAAUGCUACCAUUUCCUGGAGGUUCAACAACAUUGAUUUACGCCUGGAAAAGAGUGAUAGUUACGCUUUUUAUGAUGGUAAUGGAAUCAGUUAUCUAACCGUUAAGCCCAAAACGGCUAAUUACAUUUUUGGAACCUAUGUUUGUGUCGCUGAGAAUUUACGAGGAAAAAGAUCAAUCGACAUUAAAUUAUCUGAAGCUCAUCCACCAACCUCUCCAAAUGUAAAGAUAAUUAAAAGCCGUCCAACUUCAAUGGAAUUUGAAAUAAGUGAUCUCGGUUCUGAUCUACCGAUAAGAAAUUAUCUUGUUAAAUAUUGGCGAGAAUCUGAAGCUGAUUCAGAGAAGCAAAAAGUUUGGCCCGCUUCAGGAAAAAACUAUCGACUUGAUGAUUUAACACCAACAACACGAUAUCGAUUUAGUUUCGCCUCACAAAAUGAUGUUGGAAUCGGAGAUUAUUCAGCCUAUCGAAUUGAAACAACCCCAGACGAAAGUAAACCCGACAAACCGACCUUCCUUUUCGAUGUAGUUGAUGAGACCCGUCAAUUAACAACCGAUGGUUUUGUGAAAAGUGACUUUGGUGAUCUUAUCCAUUUCCGUUGGAAUCAAGCAGAAGACAAUGGAAGAGCUAUAACUCAUUACAUCAUCAAAUAUCAUCAAGUUCAUAAAUCUCAAGAUGGUUAUCUAAUCAUUGGUCAAGAAUAUCCGGAAAUCCAAGUUAACAGUAAAGAUCCCCUUCAAUAUACUCUACGUAAUCUCUCACCAAACACUUUCUACAAGAUUGAACUAUCGGCAGUAAACUCCAUAGGUACAAGUGACUCGAAUCAUAUAAUCUUCAAAACCUCAGCCACUGCCUCAUCUCCGUCCGGAUGGGGUCAAGACUUGGAGUAUGAUCCAUCCACUUACAGCAUGGGAGCUGCUCUCAUCUCAGUUGCCAUAUCUCUCAUCAUAAUCUUAAUCGUAAUGGAUAUAAUAUUUUAUAUCCGUUGUAAAGUAGGUGUAUUAUAUUUCAUCAAAAGCUUCAUAUGGCCAGAGACCUCUGUCAAUAAUCAUAAGAAGGCCGAUUUUCAUCCUGGCAACCUAGGAUCCAUAUCGGAAGUCAAGUUAUCAUCGAGAAGUGAAAUUGAUAAUCCGGCUUUUGAUUCUAAUAACGGAAAGAUUAGAAGUGAUGAACUAACACCCAUGAUGUUGGUUACUGAUUCAAGAGGGGAUAUCACUGAUCGAAUCAACAAUCAUCAUAACCAACAACAUCAACAACAAUUACCAACUAUCCGUAAACCCAAGGAUAGUGCAGUCUAAAAAUUAGACGAACACUCAAUGUGUUUAAUUGAUUUUCAUCAAUAACAAUUGACAACAAUUUGAAAAUUUGUUUCUUAUUUUCAAAAGUGGAACUAGUUUUUUUUUGCUCUCUUGCAAAAAAUAUACAUCAUCUCUUUGUAGUCAUCAUCAUCAUCUUAUCAUCAACUUUACACCAAAGACUUUUUUGCCCUUUCUCUUGAACAGAAAUAUAUUUAAAUAUAUAUUUUAUAUUUUGCUGCUAUCAUUCCCGAUGCAAAUUGAAUCUCAUGAUAAUAUAAUUUAUAUAUAUAUUAUUGAAAUUUACUCACACUUUAUAACAAUAUGAUGAUCACCAUAAUAAUGAUGCUACAGAGGGCAAUGAGUCCCAUUCAACACCACCUCCACCUCGGACAAACAAACAUAAAGAUGGAGAUUAACAUUUACAUCCUGGUGUGUCCUCUCCCUUUAAACCAUUGGUAGAAACCAAGGCACACCCCAUAGCGUUAAUAACAUUAGUCCUCGUUUUUGUUACACUCUCCUCCCUCUCUCUCUCUCUCUCAUCAUCACCCUGACUAUUUAAUCACCCGACUCUAUUGUAUAUGAUAGAAAGAAGAGAGAGAGAGAGAGAGAUAGAAAUGGAUAUUAUCAUCAUCUCUAUCAGCAACAUCAGCCUAAACUCAUCAUUGUCGCCAUCUUAUCAUCAUUUCCUUCAUCAUCUUCGAAGAAAAAAAAAUAUCAACUCGAUCUACAUCAUUAUGAGAAACAAAGUCAACGAUUCAUUUUCUAAUACAUUUAAUUAUAACAAUUAACACAAUGUACCUUACAUUUCUAAACUAAAAUUACUGUAUUAACAGUGCUAAUUUAGUUAACUGUCUUUACAAUUAACUAACAAAAUAGAAGCAAAAAUAAUUGAAAUUACUUUUAAAGUCGCAACAAUUUAUCAGAAGGUUCAAUCAACUCUCUCUGGUCGUUUCCAUCAUAAUCAACUAACAUCUCUGCCAUUACAAUUAAUUUAAUUGACUGACAAUUGAACUGAUUCAACUAAGAAAUUAAUUCAUUCAUUUUGAUUGGUUUUCUUCUUGAUAACGUUGAUUAUUUAUUGGUUUUGUCACAUGGUAAACACAAUCAACCUCCAGCCACUCAAUGAUUAUUUUAUACUCUCUCACCAAUGAACAAUAAUUCAGUCAUCCCACCCCACCCACUCCACUUAACCUUUAAAAAAAACUUACUCUCUCAUUGAUGAUCUUAUGAACCACAACCAGUCAGAAAUUGAUUAUUACAUCAUUAUUACAAUUCUCAGGAUUAAUCAACAAAUCAUCAAUCAACCGCACUUACCUGAUAAUUUAUCACCGAUCUGUUUUUUUUACAUGAUAAUAUAUUCAAUCAUCUUGAGAGUAACAUCAUCAUCAUCAUCACCAUCACCAUGAUCAUUUCUGGAAGAUGAGUAUAAAUAAAAAAAAGUGAAUUUUGUGAGGACAAAAUUGAAAGAUGAAAACUGGUCACGGUUAUGUAAUUAUCCAUCCUCUCUCCAGGUAAAUUGAAUGAACCAUAAGACAAGAGGAUGAGAGAGGUAAAGAUGAGGAUGUAAGGAUGAAAAAUCUUAUAUAAGUAGCAAGAGCACUUUGAAUGUAAUCACCUCGUCCCUAUGUAUCCGCUCCAGUGGAUUGAAAAUAUUCAUGACAAUUACUUACAUUUGAAGCUUAAGAAAUUAAAAGUUUACCUGAAAAAAGA